CGGGGGCGCUGCUACUGGGCCGGCAAGGCCGAGCUUGGACCGCUCCCGAAAACGCUCCGGCCGCCCCUCGCAUGAGAAGCCGCGGCGGGCUGCGCGGCCGCCCUCCUGUUGCUCCCCUGGCGCGUCGCCGGCGGUGCCUCCAGAAUGAUUCAUAUUGCUGGAAGAAUGGAAGCUCAGCUGCUGUCGUCAUUCUCCAUUGCUGGGCCUUGAGGAGAGGCUGGGGGCAAUGCUGCCCUGAGCUGUCUCAGCUUGUUCCAGGCUCCCCCAACGCCGGCUGUGGUGUGCCCAUGUCCCGAUGGAGAUGAAGAGCGUCUUCCUGCAGGGAGCCCAGCCCAGACUAUGACAGCAUAUCGGCCUGUGCAUGAAAGCUGCAAUGUGGUGGGCCUGGACCCCACAGGGGGCGAUUACUCCUCUUCAGGAUCCUGGUCCCAGAACGGCUGCACCCCACAUGUGGACGAUGCCUCUCCUUUGCGACCAGCUACCACAACCCCUGCUGUGCCAAAAAUGGGGGUGCGGGCCCGGAUUGCCGACUGGCCUCCCAAAAGAGAAGGGUUGAAGGAUCCAGCUGCCUCCAGUGCUGCCAAGGCUCCAGAGGCCCCGGGCCCCAUGUUGUGGGAGCUUCAGAACGGGCAGCCAUCUAGAGAGGCUGCCUUCCCGUUGGGGCCGAAACCUUCCCGGCGCCUGGCUCGGAGGAGGUCCAAGGACACUGAAUUCCAGGAUGGGUGGCCGCACUCUCCUGGCAGGGUGUUCCUGGCGCUGAGGAACAGGAGCAAUAGUGAGGUCACCCUGAGCGAGUGUGACCUGGAAGCCGCGGUGGAGCCCCGGGGAGCCCGGCUGGCUGGCGGCCUGCCCCUCUUCCGUGAGUAUGGCAGCACAUCCUCCAUCGACGCGCAAGGCCUCUCUGAGCAGAGCUUCUAUGAGAUGCUGAAGGAGUUCCGGAGUGGGAAGGCAGUGACUGGGCAGCGGCAGCGGCUGGUGGAUCCCUUCCAUCCUGCCAGGAGCACCAAGGCAGAGGCCCGGGCAGAAUCAGGAUUGCCUGUUCACCCCAAGGAGAAGCCCCGCAAGAAGGGCCUCCGGGCAGAGGGGGGGGGGGGGGACUCCAUCUUCCGGAAGCUGCGGAGUGGCCGGGCGGAGGGAGACUGCAGCAGGGCCCUGGGGGAGGCGGAGGAAGCGGGCCGGGGCUGGCUGUGCCCGAAGGGCCUGGCCCACUAUGACGUCCAGAGUCUGCUCUUUGACCUGAAUGAGGUGGUGGCCAGACGGGUCUGUGUGGCUCAGCGGAGGAACACCACCACAGGGGCUUCGGCUGCCUCCGCAGGCUCAGCUGCUGCUGUCUGCAGCCUGGCCGGCUUGGAUGUGCCCAGCACCUUCUUCAGUCCUGAGGACCUGAACUCCAAGGAGAAUCUGGAGCAUGAUCUGGGGGACAACAGCAGCAACAGUCUGCUGCUAAGCUGCCCUCACUUCCGCAACGAGAUUGGGGGCGAGGGGGAGCGCAACAUCAGUUUUUCACCUGCCUCCAUGGGUGGCUGUGGAGAGGGGGCCUUUGCGGAGACAACCCCUGCCCCUUACUGUACAAAUGCCAGCAUCUCUGUGCUGGAGACGCCACAGGAACUGCAGCGCAGUCUCAGCCGGUUGAAGCACUACAGCAUUGAGCACGUGGACCUGGGUGCCCGGUACUACAGGGACUACUUCUCUGGCAAAGAACAUUUUAACUACUUUGGGGUGGAUGAGAAGCUGGGCCCCGUGGCAGUCAGCAUCAGGCGUGAGAAGCUGGAGGACCAUCGGGAUUACGGGCCUCAGUACCAGUACAGGAUUAUCUUUCGCACCAGCGAGUUGACCACCCUCCGUGGUGCCAUCCUAGAAGACGCAACACCCACUACCACCAAGCACGGCACCGUCCGUGGCAUCCCCCUGAAGGACGUGCUGGAGCAUGUGGUCCCCGAGCUGAACAUGCACUGCCUACGCCUGGCUCUGAGUGUGCCCCAAGUCUGUGAGCAGCUGCGGAAGCUGGACGAGCAAGGACUCUGCCGGAAACAUAAGGUGGGUGUCCUGUACUGCAAGGCUGGCCAGAGUUCAGAGGAGGAGAUGUACAAUAACGAGGAGGCAGGCCCGGCCUUUGAGGAGUUCUUGGCCCUGCUGGGGGAGAAGGUCUGCCUGAGGGGCUUCCGCAAAUAUGCUGCACAGCUAGACACCAAAACCGACUCCACCGGCACCCACUCCCUCUACACGACCUACCAGGGCUACGAGAUCAUGUUCCACGUCUCCACGAUGCUUCCCUACACCCCCAACAACAGGCAGCAGCUGCUGCGGAAGAGACACAUCGGGAACGACAUCGUCACCAUCAUCUUCCAGGAGCCGGGGGCUUUGCCCUUCACCCCCCAGAACAUCCGCUCUCAUUUCCAGCACGUCUUCAUCAUUGUCUGUGCUCAGAGUCCCUGCACAGAGAGCGUCCGCUACAGUGUGGCAGUGACUCGCUCCAAGGAUGUGCCCCCCUUUGGGCCAGCCAUCCCCAGUCAGGCCACCUUCCACAAGUCGGAUGUCUUCCGGGAUUUCCUGCUCGCCAAGGUGAUCAAUGCCGAGAAUGCCGCGCACAAGUCGGACAAGUUCCACACCAUGGCCACGCGCACGCGGCACGAGUACCUGAAGGAUUUGGCUGAGAACAGCGUCACCAGUACCCCCAUCGACUCCACGGGGAAGUUCAACCUGAUCUCACUGGCCUCUAAGAAGAGGGAAAAAAUGAGGGCUCGGGCCGGGGCUGAGCAGCAGAGUGCGGGGGCCCUCGUCUGGCGAGUUCUGGCCCAGGACUACUCGCAGGGAGCAGAGAUCGAGUGCCUGCUGGGCAUCUCCAAUGAGUUCAUGGCCCUCCUGGACCUGGCCACCAAAGAAGUCGUCUUCAAUUGCUUCUGCGCAGAUGUGAUUGGCUGGACGCCAGACAAUUGCAGCCUCAAAAUUUUCUAUGGACGGGGGGACCACAUUUUUGUCCAGGCCCCAGAGAAUAAUCCUGAAGAUGUUAAAGAGAUUGUGCAGAGACUGAAGGUCAUGACCUCUGGUGCCGAGACGGUGGAGAUGACCCUGCGGAGGAACGGGCUGGGGCAGCUGGGUUUCCAUGUGAAGUUUGACGGGACGGUGGCCGAGGUGGAGGACUACGGCUUCGCCUGGCAGGCAGGCCUGCGGCAGGGCAGCCGGCUGGUGGAGAUAUGCAAGGUGGCCGUAGUUACCCUCACCCACGACCAGAUGAUCGACUGGCUGCGUACCUCCGUCACUGUGAAAGUGGUGGUGAUUCCACCACACGAGGAUGGUGUUCCACGCAGGGGGUGGGCCGAGUCCCUGAAGAUGAGCGCGAUGGAGACCAGAGGAGAACCCGAAAGCUUGCCUGGGGGCUAUCGGCCUCCGUAUCGCAGCAACUCAGCCUGGCAGUGGAGUGGCUCUGCCACCCAAGGCUCCUCCCAGCCCCCCAAAUGGGCUGAGCAGCCAGGGCAUGGCCAGUCCCAGUCCCUCACCAGGACCCCAAAGCAGAGCACCCUGACCCCUUACCGCCAGGUCCAGCCUCUGCAUGGCAAAAGGCCCGCCAGCUUCCCAGAGACCCCCCGUGUGGUUUCCUCCUCCCAGAGUGGCACAGAAAAGAGCCAGUCAUACCGGCAGCCCUCAGGCAGUUUCUCUGUUCCGGGCUCUUCAGGAGGCUCCUUCGCCUGGUACAAGCCCUCACCGGACAGCUCUGUGCACAGAUACGUGGUCCCUUUGCGGCCUCUGGGGCCUUUUGAGACACUCUGUCCCUCUGAGGUGACCCCGAACGGGGACUCCUCUUCGUCCGGCGGAGGGCUGGCCAGCCAGGAAGGCACCAUGGAGAGGCUCAAGCCCGAGCUGCUAUGGCACAUGCCAGGCCCUUCCAGAUUCUCAGCGGCUUCCGGAAACAAGAGGCCAGGCCAGUGGGAGCUGCUGGACUCCCCAGACCAACCUCCCAAGGGCGAGGGGCAGACCUCCAGCAGCAACACACUCUCCAGCAACGCCUCCAGUGGCCACAGCGACGACCCAGCCGAUCCUGGCGAUGGCACACCCGAGCUCUGGGCCAAGGGCGGGGUUUCCAACAACAGCGGCAUCGAUGCCAGCGGUGCCACAUCCAUCCGGCGCGACCGAGUGCCUGUGUCCUCACCUCUCUUUGGCCCCGCCCUCCCCGAAGGCCAUAGCAAGAGGACGGAGGUGGCCUGGCCCGCUGGCCACUUGGGCAGGCAGAGCUGGAAUUACUGCCCCAGGGCCUUUGGGAAAGGUGCUGGCGGCCCUGCCAGGGGGGGAAACAACAGCGCCCCAGAGCCCUUCUGGCAGGCCAGCCCCAGUGGCUCCAGGGUGAGCUACCCCAUCCAGGUCUACAAGACCCCCCCUGCAGACGGCUCCCAGGCGGCUCCUGGACCCCAGUCGAGCUCUUCCCAGCUCUCGGCUUCUGUGCCCAAGUCCUUCUUGUCCAAGCAGAGCGGCCGGAGUGCCAGGCCCCAACCCGCUGGGUGGAAGAAGAGCUCCGAGGCUUCGGCUAGGCCAGCUCCCUUCACAGAGUCCCAGAAAGGAAUUGACUUGAGCACCAGGAACGUCUUCGGACAGCCUCGCCUCCGAGCUUCUUUGCGAGACCUUCGCUCCCCACGCAAGGCCCACAAGUCAACCAUCGAAGAUGACCUGAAGAAGCUGAUCAUCAUGGACUCCACCAGCCUGGAGCAGGAGGAUGAGCUGACCCCCCAGAAGACACUCCAGCGGACCCUCUCGGAUGAAAGUCUAUGCAGCGGACGGCGAGACCCCUCCUUCGCCAGCAGCGCCUGCUUUGAACAGCCCCUCUCCAGUGACAUGCUCUUCACCAGCACCCUUCCUGGGCGGAGGCCGGCCAGCAGCGGCCGGGGGGGCUCCUUGGAGAAGGCCACCGUCUCUGCCUCUGAGCUCUCCCUGACCGAGGUGCGCGACCAGUCCCUGCGGCGCCUUGACCCCGCCCUGAUGCCCCUGCCGGACACAGCCGCAGGCCUGGAGUGGUCAAGCUUGGUCAGUGCCGCAAAGGCCUACGAAGUGCAGAGAGCUGUCUCCCUCUUCUCCCUCCAUGAGGCCAUGUUGAGCCCAGAUGCGGCACCGGCUGGCAGCCCCGGCCUUGGGCAUCUGAGCCUGGAGAGGCAGCCAGCGCCACAUACUGCUGCUGUCUUAAGCAAGCAGCAGCUGCCGGCGGAUCUGACAGGAAAGGUCUCCCACCUGGAAGCGAUGCUGAAGCAGCUGCACAGUGACCUGCAGAAAGAAAAGCAGGACAAGGUGGUGCUGCAGGCGGAAGUGGCCACGCUCAGGCAGAGCAACCAGCGGCUGCAGGAGGAGUCCCAGACUGCCAACGAGCAGCUGCGCAAGUUCGCCCAGAUCUUCUCCAGCGCCGUCGACAAAGAGGAGCUUUGAGCGGCUGGGGGGGGGCGGAGGGAGAACAGGCGUGGCACCUGCACAGGGGGGGCUCCCUUGGAGAGUACGCUGCCAGUGCCCUGUCUGCCAGCUGGGCUCUGACCCCAUGGCCCCCUUCGUGCCUCGGCUGGAGAGAGGGUCUCUUGCGACACAGGAGGGGUCCUUAAGCCCUGGCUGGAGAUGGCCAGCCAAGCUUCCCCUCCCACCCCCAAAGUCAAGCACCAUCAGAGGGCCAGUCUGUGUCCAACAGGCUGGGCGGCCAAGUCCAGCCAAGCUUCUCAGCACUUUCUAACAACUAAAUUAUUUUCUAGGGAAUGCAGAGCGCCUCAGGAAGUUUUAAAAAAAGUUUAAAUGUCUACAUUCUUUAUAAAACACUAUAUUUGUAUCAAUGGUACUGUUUGUAAUCUUUUUCAAUUGCAUUUCUGUGCAUGCAACUGAAUUCAGCACACUUGGUUUCUUCCAGUGGCAGCAGGGAUGGGACCCUGUCCUGGCACAAAGCCAUAGAGGCCCAGGGGAAGGCUCCUGGCUGGGGGAUCCGCCCCCCAUCCCACACACACACACACCCCUGGCCCUCCCAGGUGCCUGCUCUGGAACAUGAGGGCUUCCUGCCUCGCCUCCUGCCCUUGUGCCAGUCCUCUGCUGGGCCGGCCUGGCUGGCAGCAGGGCACACUGAGGGUGCUCUGUUGUCUCCACUACAGGGGCCCCUUCCACCCAAAGGGGGUGUCGGUUGAGAAAAGGAGGGUGUCUGUCCUGCUCAGUGACCUGCGGGGCCCUUCACCCUCUUUGGCUGAGGCUUCUGCCAACGACAACCUGGAGCAGCUGGCCUGGACCAUUUCUCUCCCCCCCACACACACUUCACAUUGCAAAACCAGCGUAUGAUCUAUGCGAAGCACAUUCUGUCCCGGGGGUUGGCCCAGACCUGCCAGGGGUCAGCCUUCCUCCCCCUUCCUCAUCUUUCCAUCUGCCAGGGUUUCAGGGAAAUAAGAAAGGGAGGCGAAAGGGCUCCCGGCCAGAGACGCACCAGCUGGCUCUCUCGAGCACCACUGGGGCUGCGGACGACCUCCCCUUCCACUCUAGCCUUAAUUCUGCAUGUGGGCAGAGGGGCUCCUGUUUCCUCUUGGCCCCCAGUGCUGGGAAGCCAUUUGCGGAUGAGCCCAAGGGGCUCUCCAGGAAUCCCCACUUCCCUCUCUGGGUGGGUCGGGGGGAGACCAGUGCCAGGGCCCCCUACUGCCUCUCUUCUGGGCUCACCACCCCACAACCUUCCUGGGUUUUUUUUAAUUUUGUAGUGGGACCUCACUGGAAUUUGUAUCCUAAGGAUUUCCCCCACACACACACUUUCUAGAAAGAAUUCCUCGGUUGUGGGCACGAUGUCUCCUGCAGCUCCUCAUGUCUAUCGGUUGUAUUAUGUGUUCGUUUUUAAUUUUAUAAGAAUCUUUGCAGAUCAAAUCUGUUUUAUUUAAUUUUGCUCUGUCUUAAAGCUGCUGAUGGAGAGGACCAUCAGUUUUUGUAAAAUAAAUUCUCUAAUACUC